AUGUGUGCUGAUGAGAGAAAAGAGUUAAGCUAUUUCAAUAGACUUUACUUUGAUCUUUACGUAAAGGAUAACGGUUCGAUAGACAGUACAGCAUGGACUGUGCAAAAGCGUGGACAAAAUUCGAAACCACAUAAAUCAGUUCUAAAACGAAAAAACAACGAGAAACAGGAAGGUUCCGUUCUGAAGAAAAAGAAACAGCAGCUGGAUGAGCCAAUGGCAAAAGGGCUUAAGGUAAAUCUUGCUAAGCUCUUUGAUUCAGGUAUCCUCAAAGUUGGCGACGACAUUGCUUAUAAAAACGAUGAAAUAGUGGUGAAUAUGAAGAUAGGCAACAAAGGAACCAUUGCAUUCACUGAUCCUAAAACGAACAAAACUGAAAUUUUCACUCUUUUGAAACCUCUCAUGAGAAGGAUUGAGGAGUCCUAUUCGGUCGUACGAAAACCCAAGAUGUGGAAUGCCUUUUUCAAGGUUGAAAAGAUUAAAAAUCGGGUUGUAGAAACGAGACUGAAAGAAAUAAGGGAGCAAUAUCUACGUCAAAUGAACCAGGCAAGUCAACAUGAUUCUCAACAGCAGCCCACAAACGAGCAAAAAAUAGGAACGUCAAGAAAUGUUAGAGUAACGAUUGGAGAUCUAGUUAAAGGAGGUUUUCUCAAUCAAGGAGAUGUAGUUGUGUUCAAAGGUUCUAGACCCCAUUACGCAACAAUAGCUGAAGGAAGACUAAAGUACCAGGACCCAACAGGCACAUUCGAGUAUUUCGAAACGGUUACCACUUUUAAAGCUCACAUUAAGGAAACAGGAAAUGCCUGGGCUUCCAUGGUCUUGAGAAAGGCUGAUCAAGAAGUUUGUUUGCAGUCAUUGCGAGAUUCUUAUAUUGAAAAAAAGAAGUAA